AUGGCGAUGCGUCUGUUCCAUCGCAAGCGCUGGGCUUUGCCCAAACAAGAUAGCAGUAUUGCCCCACCACAUGUGUGGAGUAAUGCCGAUCAAGAUCCAGUUCCACCAGAGAAAUGGACUUGGACGGGCUGGACCUUCACGCAGUACUGGCUGUCGGACUUGGUUACUGUCUCAACUUGGUCCGCUGCCAGUUCGGCGUACGCGUCUGGGCUUUCGGCCACGGACACAGUGCUGUUGACACUAGUCGCGGCGCUGUGUAACGCUAUACCAACGGUUCUCAAUGGUGCUGUAGGAGCCGACCUUCACAUUCCGUUUCCCGUCGCUAUUCGGGCUAGCUAUGGCACGUACUUCGGGUACUUCUGUGUGGCAUCGCGUGCUGUGCUAGCGAUGUUUUGGUUCGGCGUCCAAAGCUCGUAUGGAGGCCAGUGUGUAACUCCGAUUAUCUCCGCCAUUUGGCCCAGCUUCGCCAACCUCCCUAAUCAUCUGCCAGCAUCGGCAGCUAUCACCACACAGGGAAUGAUUUCCUAUUUUAUCUACCAUGUCGUUCAAACACCAUUCCUCUUCAUACCAACCCAUAAGUUGCAAUAUAUGUUUAUUUUCAAGUCCACUCUUGUACCACCCAUGGCGUUAGCUAUGGUAAUUUGGAUAUCAGUCAAGGCUGGAGGAGGAAGUGCGAUAUUCCAUGAGCCGCCCACUGUUCACGGCGCCGAGCGAUCAUGGCUAUGGCUGAUGAAUAUGACUUCCAUCACCGGUGGCUUUUCAACACUUGCGGUCAAUAUUUCCGACUUCUCGCGCUUUAGCAAGAAGCCAGGCAGUCCAGUCUGGCAACUGCCCGUGAUUCCCCUCUUCAAGGUUAUCACUGGUCUUUUCGGCAUCAUUGCAGCCAGCGCAUCUCAACAGGUAUAUGGGACCAUUUUAUGGAGCCCGUUGCAGAUAAUUGACCAGUGGCAAGGCUCCUCCGGUGGGCGAGCCGCAGCCUUUUUCUGUUCCUCGCUGUGGUUGUUGGCACAAAUCUGCAACAAUAUCUCUGCUAACUCCAUUUCAUUCGCAAACGAUAUGACGACCAUGUGCCCGAAAUGGUUCAACAUUAAACGCGGAAUGAUCAUGUGCAUGGUCCUGGGCGGAUGGGCGCUCUGUCCCUGGAUUAUCAUUAAGAACGGCGUAACUUUCCUCAGCUUCAUGGGCGCAUAUUCCAUCUUUAUGGCACCGAUUGCGGGCAUUUUUUGCUGCGAUUAUUGGUUCAUUAAGCGACGCAAAUACGACGUCCCUGCUCUAUAUGAUCCGCAAGGGAUAUACUACUACAAGGUGCUCAACAACAGCUUGGCACGAAUUGGCGCGCUCUAUUAUGCAAUCUGGUGGUGA